AUGGAGGAGAAGAAGUUCGAAGAGACCACCGUCCAGACUGGCUCGGAUUCGCCCCCGGCCUAUGGAGACUCGUCUGUCACGCGCGGAGGCUUUGGCCAGCGGAUCAUGGACAGCUUCAAGAGAGACCCAAACCAAGCUGUCAGCCGUGCUGGAGCUGAUGGCGGUGGCUUCGAUAUCGAGACUGCCGCCCAUAACACUGCCAACUCCCCGCUACAGCGUAACUUGAAGGGUCGCCAUCUGCAGAUGAUUGCUAUUGGUGGUUCUAUUGGUACCGGUCUCUUCGUUGGUUCUGGAGGUGUUUUGUCCGUCGGUGGUCCAGCCUCGGUGCUGAUUGCCUAUAUCUUGAUUGGAUGCAUGCUUUACUGUACAGUUCACGCCUUGGGUGAAAUGGCCGUUCUCUUCCCCGUUGCCGGUUCCUUCGCCACUUAUUCGACUCGCUUCGUGGAUCCUGCUUGGGGUUUCGCUAUGGGCUGGAACUACGCUCUCCAGUGGCUUAUUGUUCUACCCUUGGAGAUCGUCGCUGCUUCCAUCACAGUCGGGUAUUGGAACUCGGAUAUUUCAAAUGCCGCCUGGGUGACCAUCUUCUGGGUUCUGAUUGUCUCGAUUAACAUGUUCGGUGUGCGAGGAUAUGGUGAAGCCGAAUUUGUCUUCUCCAUCAUCAAGGUCGUUGCCGUUAUCGGUUUCAUCAUCCUUGGAAUUGUACUCAACUGCGGUGGUGGCCCCGAAGGUGGAUACAUCGGCGCCAAGUACUGGUACAACCCAGGUGCCUUCCACAACGGUUUCAAGGGCCUCUGCAGUGUGUUUGUCAACGCCGCGUUCGCCUUCGCUGGAACCGAACUUGUUGGUCUUGCCGCCGCCGAAACCGCCAACCCCCGCAAGUCCCUUCCCACUGCCGUUAAGCAGGUCUUCUGGCGUAUUGCUCUCUUCUACGUGGUCUCCCUUACCGUCGUCGGCAUGCUGGUGCCAUAUGAUGACCCAAAGCUUCUCCGCGGUUCCUCCUCCGCCGAUGCCAAGGCGUCUCCCUUCGUCAUUGCUAUCGAGAACGCAGGAAUCAAAGCUCUGCCUUCGAUCAUGAACGUCGUCAUCAUGAUUGCGGUCCUGUCUGUCGGUAACUCCUCCGUCUAUGGAUCCUCGCGUACCCUUGCCGCCCUUGCCGAGGCGGGCCAGGCCCCCAAGUUCCUUGCAUACAUCGACCGCAAGGGUCGUCCCCUUCCCGCCAUUAUUGUUGCAUCUACCUUGGGUCUGCUUUCAUAUCUCGCCGCCUCGGACGUGCAGACUGAGGCCUUCAACUGGAUGAUGGCCAUCUCAGGUCUCUCAUCUAUCUUCACCUGGGGUUCCGUAUGUGGUGCCCACAUCCUCUUCCGUCGCGCGUGGAAGCAACAGGGCCACACCCUGGAUGAGCUGGCCUUCCGUUCCCAGCCCGGCGUUAUUGGCUCGUGGAUUGGUCUCAUUUUCAACUGUCUCGUCCUGAUUGCCCAAUUCUGGGUUGGCUUCGCCCCCAUUGGUUACGCAGAGAAGACUCCCGCAGAGCUUGUCAAGAACUUCUUCGGUGUCUACUUGGCCGCCCCCGUUGUUCUGAUUUGCUACGUCGGUUACAAGCUUGUGUACAAGACCAAGUUUGUUCGCACCUCCGAGGUGGAUUUGGUCACCGGUCGUCGCGAGCUCGACCUCCAGCAUUUGAUUGAGCAGGAAGUUGCCGAGCAAAAGGAAUGGCCCAAAUGGAAGAAGGUUUGGAAGUUCUUCUGUUAA